CAUAUGGUAGGUUAUCACAUUUUGAAAUUAUCAAGAAAAUUUUUUUUUUUAACUUUUUUAACUAAAAGUUUGAAGCUGUUUAAAAGCAUCAGUUUUCCAUUUGUGCAAAAUUUAACAAAUGGAUUUAAGAAAUGAAAACAAUAUUGUUCUAGAACAAUUUAAAGUAUCAAAUAACUCAAUCAGUCAUGAAAUUGAUGAUGUUGUUACUGAUAAAAGUGAAGUGCUACCAGUUUUCUGCCAGUCACUAGAAGCUCUGUUACAAAAAGGAAUCAAAAGAGGUUUGGGUGUAACAGGUUUAGUUGAUCGUGAUUAUUGGAAUGUUAUUGAAGGUUUAAUCAGUUCAAAUAAAGUUGUUAUAAAACCUUCAUUAUCAUUGUCUCAUACUAUUUGUCUUGUUCAACAAUGUAAAAAGACGACUACAACUCUUGCAAGAGGCAGACUGUUUAUUCGAAUAGCGUUGACAAAAAGUUUGUUGCACCAAACUUUUCAAUGUUUGUUUGAAAAUCAAGAUUAUGUUAAAUAUUGGUAUAAAGAUGAGUCACCGCUAGUUAACGGCAAGAACCAAAAAGUUGUACUGGAGUUAUUAAAUAUGUUAAGUACAAGAUUAUUCAAAUUGAAUAUUAAGAAUUGUAGCUUUUUGAAUGAAACCUGGAUUAUACCAGAUUCUCAGGAAUACGAAUUUGUACCUUGUGCAUUUCUUGGCAUAACAUUGCUUUCACUAGAUGGAAGAUGUAUAAUUGUUCAAGUUACUCCUGGCAGUGUUGCUCAGGAGCAUGGAAUUCAACCUGGAGAUUGCUUAGAUGAAUUAUUCUCUCAACUCAUCGAUGACAAAUGGUCUCAAAAAAUUGGCCAGUUAAAGCGAAAAAAUCAAGGAAAACCUGUAAUUGCCACUUUUGUCAAGGGCCAGUUUUCAGAUGGUCAUUGGUUUGCACCAGUUUUCCAAAGAUACAAGGCCUUGUGUAAUGCUGGAAAAUGUACAAUGAUUUUACAAAGAGAUCGUUCUAAUAGUUUUAGUUUCAUUACCCCAAAGGAAUCUGAGCCUCGGAAUAAGUUUGAUGUGCUUUACAUUGGAAGUUAUGAUGUUGGAAAAAAAGGUAGCUGUAAGUUUGUUCAAAACGGAAUUUCAAAGCUCUUAGAAAACAAUGAGUUAGCCCAGAAAAAAGUAUGUUUGGAGUUAAUGGAAAGAGAUAUUGUAAUGAAUUGUUUAGAAACAGAAGAGAUUAUUGGGCGAUUUUCUUACACAGAGACCUCAUCUUGUGCCUUAAAAGAAAACGACCCAACAUAUUUUGGUUUUAUUACUGGAAAUACUACGUGUUCGUUUGCUGAUCAGUUUCAAUGUCACGUGUUUAAAUGCAAUACUUCAAUGAUGGCAAGAACUAUUAUUGAAGGGAUAGGCAAAGGUUUUGACCGAACAAUUUAUUGCGUGUAGAGUUUACAUUUUUAUAGUCUUUUUAAAUAUUUGUACAAAACAUGAUGAACCCAAUGGAAGUAUUUAACUAAUAAAACACGAUGAACCUAAUGGAAGUAUUUAACAAGAAUUAUCUACCUAAAGAAGAUCUUUGAAUAAAUUUUACUUCGAACUCUGCUACACUUGUGAUCGAAAAUAAAUUACUCAGGUUGUAAUGAAAACUUAUAAAUAUUUUAAUAUUUAUUUAAAAAGUAAAUAAUAUUUAUUUAUUUGACAUUUAUAUAUUACUUUAUACAUGAUAUUUAUUUGUAUAAAAUUUGUAUAAAUUUAUUUUUACAGAUACCCGAACGCACACACAUAUACGCUGUAAAAAUAUAAAAAACUGAUGUAUUUUUAUAAUUUAAUAUAAAAACUAUAAAUAAAAA